UUCUACUACCAAAGUUGCUCAGAUGCAUUUUGUUUUGAAAUUGUUUAGCAUUGAUAAUCCAUAAAUUAUUUUAAUACAAUCCCAGAUAUGCCAGUGUUUAAUCUAAGUAAUUUUCCCAAUGUUUGUCGAAUAUGUCUAAAGACAGACACAACGGAGUCGAUGCUCUCCAUAGAUGAAAAUUUUGUAAAUUUUGAAUGCAAAAUAGUUGAUUUUCUAGACGAAAUAACAUUCCGUGUUUCAGAGAAAAAGAAGUAUUCACUUCCUACGGCUAUCUGUAGCCCGUGUUUGGAGAAACUCACAGAUUUCAUAGCGUACAGAAACAAUCUUGUUCUAGCACUUCGUUUCAUGGAAGCAUUUGUUGAUCUGAAGGAAUCUAACACGGAAUCUAUGUCGACUCUUUUUGAACAUAACAAACGUGAGCUUCAUUCACUGUUCGAUAAUUUAUCCCUUUGUAAUAAGACGGAACCUAAUCUGGAGGAUCUUUUGGCUGAAUUUGAGCAAUAUGAGUUUGCAUGCUAUGAGGAAGGAAUUGAUAUCAAAAGUGAAGCCAUAGAUUUAGUUACAGCAAAUGAAGAUCAUACGACUUUUGACGAUCGCGAUAUUAUAGAGGAUCAAAAAUAUGUAGAUGGCGAUGAUCAUUACACCAACGAUACAAAGGAAAAUAUUCAGGCGGAAAUUAUUUACGUAAAACCGUUUGAUGAAGAUGAUUCAGCAGGAAAAAAUACGGAAAAUGAUCAAGUUAGGAAUAGAAGACAGACUUUGAGGAAAACAAGAGAUCUUCCCAAGGAAUACAACCGAAAGGCUACUGCAACUAAACGAAGAGGACGACCUCGUGUGCACCCCGAUGGCUCGUUUCUGAAGGAGCCCUGGUCCUGCGAUAAGUGUAAGUUCAAAACUAAAUACCGGAUAGCUGUGGACCGACACAAAGCGGUUCAUGUGAAAAGGGAAAAUCGAACGUAUCCAUGUUCCGAAUGUGAGCAAGUGUUUAGAAGUUAUGACGAAAUGCGCAGCCAUAGUUUGUCACAUCCAGAAAAUCAGGUAGUGUGCGAGAUUUGUGGAACAGCUUUGCGGAACUCGUAUUCGCUGAAGGCCCAUAUGGAACGACAUGAGGAUUCAAAAAAGUAUACAUGCGAAUAUUGUGACUAUGCAUCCAAUACGAAGCUUUCAUUGAAAGCACACAUGAGUAUUCACACGAAAGACAACUGGAAUAAAAGAUGCGAAGUUUGUGGUGUGAUAUUCAGAACGUCAAGCAGGUUGAAAAGACACAUGGAAAGCCACAGCAAUGAACGUAAGUAUGCCUGUGAACAAUGUCCGGGACGCUUCAACACAACCAAUGCUUUACGAAAUCAUUACAUUCGAGUACAUAUGGCCAUCCGUCACGCCUGCGAGCACUGUGACAAAUCAUAUGAUCAGAAAAUUGCCCUAAGAGAUCACAUCGAACGAGUUCAUCAUAUUCAGUGUAACUUUGUGUGUGAUAUUUGCGUAAUUACUUAUGAUAGUCAAGAUAAGCUUGAAACACAUAAACUGCGUCAUGCGAAUCCAAAACCAUUGGAAUGUAACGUCUGCCUAUCAUUACAUCUGAAUCAGAUAGAUUUCGACAAACACAUGUGCAUAACCUACCGAAAUGAUUAUCAAUGCUGCGACAAGGAUCUUCGCAAUCAUUUCCAGUACAAUAAGCAUAUGCUAGUGAAGCAUGGUGUUAAAACGAAUGUACGUGUGAAACCACCUCCAGGAGUUCUGUUAGGUCAACUUAGGGGAGCGAGAAAGCGGCUUGAGCAAUGUCGUAAAUGUGAUAUCGCAUUUCCUUCACGGGCACUUAAAUUACAACACAUGGCAAUUUGCAAUAAAACACAAAUAUCACCCGUCGAGACGAACACGGAUAAUGUAUCUGAUUAUUAAAUACAAUACAAUAAUUAUAAUGACAUCGACGCAUUGUCGUGGGUAUUAUCUCAAGUAAAAAUGUAUGUCUACUGUCAUGUCCUAACGAAUAAAAAGAGUUCGCAGUCGAGAA